AUGGUUCAUCAACAAUCGAACGCCAAUGCUGGAGGCUCCUUGACGGACAUGGCACCAACGGGCACCUCAAUCCCCCAAAACGCUGGCAAACAAAAUACCAUUCCUUCAAUCCCACGUCCAGACCAACGUACCGAACCCUCUUAUUUCAACCACGAUGCUCGAGCUCGUCCUACUACUGCCAUGGACGUAGACAAUGCGGUCGAUAUUCCGCGUUCCACCCACGACCGUGGACAGACGGCCGAAGUGAUUACUGGAACUGGUGAUCUACUGCCCACUACAGUCGAGUCAAAGAGAGUGCACAUGAAUGUUCCUGGUCGCUCGGAUGGCAGAGACACCAAGCACCAAGGCUUUAAUCGGAAUGAAAAUGACAAGCUUGCUGGGCAAAGCAAGUUGGAGGAGGGUGCUGAUGAAAAGAUCGGGGUUCAUCAGUUCUUUGGCGUCGAGGCCACGUAUUAG